AUGGUUUCCGCAAAGAAGCACGUUCCCAUCGUCAAGAAGCGCACCAAGAGCUUCCGUCGCCACCAGAGCGACCGCUUCAUGCGCGUUGACCCAUCAUGGCGCAAGCCCAAGGGUAUCGACAACCGUGUCCGCAGACGUUUCAAGGGUAACCAGGUCAUGCCCUCGAUCGGUUUCGGUUCCAACAAGAAGACUCGCCACAUGAUGCCUUCCGGCCACAAGGCUUUCCUCGUCAGCAACACCAAGGACGUUGAGUUGCUGCUUAUGCACAACCGCACCUACGCCGCAGAGAUCGCCCACAACGUUUCGUCGAGAAAGCGUGUCGAUAUCAUCUCUCGCGCAAAGCAACUGGGUGUCAAGGUUACCAACCCCAAGGCAAAGGUUACCACCGAGAUCUAA